CUGUUCCAAAGGCCGCGUGUUGUUAUAAGCAAAUUUCCACCUGCAGCGUGGCUUUUUCAUUGGCUGAAACCACAGUCAGAUUCUCCUGCGAAAUUAUCUGAUUGAAAAUCAGGGAGGGGAGAAAGGGCAGAGCAGCAAGGGUGAUGCUACACUGCUUUGCUUUUCUAACUUUAAGAAAGGAUUUUGUGAAGCAUCAAGACGCAAACGGACAUCGAGAGGAGGAGGAAAUAAUAAUCAUCAUCAUCAUUAUCACCAUUACGGCGCGUUUGGGUUGAAGAAGCUCUUCAGUUAAAGGAUCAACAUGCCACGAUCAUUUCUGGUGAAAAACAAAAGGUUCACGUCCUAUAACGUUCAUCGAUUAUACGAAGAAGAGCCGAAGGCCUCCAUGUGUGCGGAAGUCCCAGCAGAAGUUGGGAUCCCGGAGUCCUCAGACAGGCCUUCUUCAGAGGAGAAGCGUUUCCCUGCAGACUUCUGCUCACUGGGACAGAAGGAGGCAGAGCCACAGUGUCCUCUACCUGUUCACCCACAGCCAACCACAUCUCCUGUUGCUCCCACACAACCAUACUACCUGACUGAACCUCACGUGGCUGAGUAUCCACCUUUCUACAAGCCAACAUAUGCCUGGGAGCCGGUGUCCUCAUCCUUCAAGCUUCGUCAGCUGAGUUUCAGCCCCACAGUGCUGCAGCACGCCAGCAGUCUCUACGACAGCCACAUCAGCCACAGUCCCCCGCAGCAGCCUCUGGACUGCAGCACACACUACUCCCCCAACUCCAGCACCUACCACUGCAUCACCUGCGACAAAGUGUUCUCAACAUCUCACGGACUGGAGGUUCACGUGAGGAGGUCACACAGUGGAAUGAGACCUUUCGGCUGCAGCAUCUGCAGAAAAACCUUCGGUCAUGCUGUCAGUCUAGAGCAGCACAUGAAUGUCCACUCCCAGGAAAAAAGUUUUGAGUGCAAGAUGUGUGGGAAAUCUUUCAAACGCUCCUCCACUCUCUCCACGCACCUGCUCAUCCACUCCGACACGAGGCCGUACCCCUGUCAGUACUGCGGGAAGAGGUUCCACCAGAAGUCCGACAUGAAGAAACACACAUACAUUCACACAGGUGAAAAACCCCACAAAUGCCAAGUGUGUGGCAAAGCCUUCAGCCAAAGCUCCAACCUGAUCACCCACAGCAGGAAGCACACAGGCUUCAAGCCGUUUGGGUGCGACAUUUGCUCAAAGGGCUUCCAGAGAAAAGUGGAUCUUCGCAGGCACCACGAGAGCCAGCAUGGCAUGAAGUGAGGACGAAACCAGCGCACGAGCAUCUGUACAUAAUAGAUUUAUAUAUUAAAACAAUAGUUUUAUAGAAAUGUCAUCUAAAUAUGUGGUGUAUUUUAGGAAACUGUGAAUAAUUCUGCCUGUUCCGCUUCCGAAAUGUAUCAUUUCAAAGAUUAAGAAUGGGAGAUGUGCUGAUAUCAUUUUGAUUUAUGAGCUGUAUAAAACUGUGAGAAUUUAACUUGUGUUUUUAAGGUCAAGAUUGUAGCAAUUGAUAAAUAAAAAUUGAUUAUAAAAGCUGAA